UAAUUGAUUUCAAAUUACGAAAUUUGGAAUACGACUAGUUUCAUCAAUCGAUUUUAAUCAGCUUUUUUUUCACCAAAAAAACAACGACAAUAAACAUAACAUCCAAACAUGGCUACUAAAUCGAAAAAAACUUCUACCAACACAUCAACAGUAUCAUCAUCACAACAACAAUCAACAACAAUGCCGACUACCUCAAUUGAAAUAUCUGGUACUGGUCAAUCAUCAACAACUACAGCUAGUUCAACACGUGCCGGUACACCAUUACGACGAUCACAAACACCAACACGUCCGGUAUCACCUGGACGAUUAUCACGGAUACAGGAAAAAACUGAAUUACAAAAUCUAAAUGAUCGUCUUGCUGCCUAUAUUGAACGUGUUCGUUCAUUGGAAACAGAAAAUUCAAAACUUCGAAUACAGAUACAGAAAUCGAUGGAAAGUCGUGAAAUUCAUACGAUUAAAACAAUGUAUGAAGGAGAAUUACAUGAUACACGACAAACAUUGGAUUCGAUUGCCAAAGAAAAAGCGCAACUAGAAUUGGAAUUGAGUCGUUUACGUGAAGAAUUGAAAAUAGCCGAAGCAAAACUUGCGAAAAAAAUGAACGAAGCUAAUGGAUUAGAAAAACGUAAUCAAGCAUUGGAAAUACAGAUUGAAGAUUUGAAAAGUAAAAUUGCACAAGCAUUAUCUGAACGUAAACGUUUGGAAAAUGAAUUGCGAACAUUGACCGAAGAGAAUAAAAAUCUUGAAGGACGAUUGAAAAGUAUACAGAAACAAUUGGAAGAGGAAACAAUAUUACGUGUUGAUUUAGAGAAUCGUAAUCAAAGUUUGAAUGAAGAAUUAGCCUUUCAACGACAGCUAUUCCAAAAUGAAAUGGAAGAGGUUCGACGAAAAACAUACGAAUCGAAAGAAGUACACACUGAAGAAUUGAAAGCACAAUAUGAAGAACGAUUGAAAUAUGAAUUGGAUGAAUUACGUGCAAAUAUGGACGAUAUGAUUCGCCUUAAUCGUCAAGAUCUUGAAGAACGAUAUGAGUCACGUAUCGCAAUGUUACAGGAAGAGAUGGCGAAAAAGAAUUCCGAAUUAAAUUCUGCUGCCAAUAAGAUUAAACAAUUGAAUUCAUCAUACACAAUGUUCGAUAGUGAAUUGGAAACAUUGAAAAGCGAAAAUUCAUCGAUGAAAAAACGUUUGGAAGAUAUGAACAAAUUGUUGUCACAAGAGCGUGAUUGGAAUAGGAUUAAAAUGAAUGAAAAAGAAAAAGAAAUUGAUGAGAUUCGACGUGAAUUACAACGAAUUACCGAUGAUUAUAAUGAUUUGUUGGAUGAUAAAAUCAAAUUGGAUGCCGAAUUAGAAGUGUAUCGAAAAUUAUUGGAAGGGGAAGAAACACGAUUGAAUAUAUCAUUAAGUAGUGCAGGUAGCGGUAGUGGUGGUGGUGGAAUUUUUGGUUCAUCAUCACAAGCGAUUAGUUCAUCAUCAUCUCGUUCAUUUAUCCCGCGUGGUACUAAACGUAAACGAAUUGCAUUACAAGAGCAAGAAUCUAUUAUUGAUUGGGUUGUAAAUGCAACAGCUAAAGGUGAAGUAGAAAUAUCUGAUCAUGAUGUUGAAGGAAAAUAUGUUCGACUUUUCAAUAAAAGCGAUAAAGAAAUAUCACUAAGUGGUUGGUAUCUAUUACGACGAGCAGAUGAUCUUGAAACACGUUAUAAAUUUCAUCGUUCAGUUGUUAUUAAACCACAAUCAACAAUAACAAUAUGGAGUUCGGAUGCCGGUACACAGAUACAUAAUCCACCAACAGAUAUUGUAAUGAAAUCACAAACAUGGUUUACUGCCGAUACAAUGUCAACAACAUUGUUUAACAAUAAUAAUGAGGAAGUUGCAUCACGUAAAACUGAAAAACGAAUUACAUCUUCAUUUCAACGAACGGGUUAUCUUAACAAUGAGAAUAAUGUGGAAAAUAAUCAAAAUUGUGCCAUAAUGUAA